AUGGCUAAGGGAGACAAACAAAAAGAGGUGAGUUCUCAGUCUGGCGUGGAGGAGCGCGGACGGGAGGCUACGUCCACACGUGCUGGCACCCAGCGGGAAAAGAGUGUUUCUCGUGAGUUUUUGGGGGUGGCUGUGGGUGAGAUUGGUGAGAAGCUCGAGAGGGUCGAGCAUACCGUCACUGAGCUAGAGAGUGUUGUGUUCGGUGGGCUUGAGGAGGUCAAGCAAAAUGCUGCCGACUUGGACUCUCGGUUCAUUCGACUCGAGGAGUUGGUGACGGGAUCCAUGCAGGCGUUGCGUGAUGACAUCGACGGGAUGAAGGCACGCUUUACUGCAAUGGAGGAAGACAUCACGUUGGUCAAGAGGGCUAGUGUGAAUGCUGAAGCCGUUGGCGGAACCAGUAUUGGUAAGAUUGAAUUUCCGAAACCAAACCGGUUCAACGGUGCGCGGGAUGCCAAGGAGGUCGAGAAUUUCCUUUGGCAGAUGGAGAUAUACUUCGACAAUCUCAACCUGGUGGCUGAGAAUGCGAAGGUGAAGGCCGCUACGUCUUACCUGUCGGACACAGCCAUGCUAUGGUGGCGAAGGAAACAUUCCGAGAUCGAGCAAGGAACAUGCCGGAUCGAAACUUGGGAUGAUUUCAAGAAAGAGUUGAAGCGGCAGUUCUACCCAGAGAACGUUGUAUAUGAGGCCCGCAAGAAGUUGAGGGAACUUCGACAGCGUGGCUCGAUCCGGGACUAUGCCAAGCAAGAGUUGCAGCGUCGGGGAGUCAAGACGGUGGACGAAGCCAUCGCGGUGGCUGAGUCGCUGACUGACUUCCGUACCUCUGGUCCGUCCGAGUCCUCGAAGAAGAAGGAACAGGGCGUGGCUAAAGGUGGGGGAGCGAGACGGGAUACUGCCCGACCAUCCAGCUCAAGGAGUUUUGACAAGGGUGCUCAUCGGGAAGACUUCGAGGCAAAGAAAAAGUCCUUCGUUCCGAAGGGAGGAUGCUUUGUGUGCAAGGGGCCACAUGCAAUGAAGGACUGCCCGAAGAUGGGGUCUUUAUCGGCUAUCAUGGAGAGUCGUGACACCGAGACUCCAGGAGAGGAACCAGGAAAGAUGGGGUCGUUGCAACUUCUCAACGCCCUGAAGGCUAACCCGGGAGUGAAGCCGACGAGCAAGUGGCUCAUGUACGUGGAAGCUCGGAUUAAUGAUAAGCCAACCCGAGUGUUGGUGGACACGGGUGCCACUCACAACUUCAUGACAACAGACGAAGCUGUGAGACUUGGCGUCAAGUGGUCCAAGAAAGACGGUUGGAUGAAGAUGGUGAACGCAAGGGCUCAACCCGUCGAUGGUAUAGCUCGAGGGGUCGGGAUGAAGCUGGGAAGCUGGAGCGGUCCGGUGAACUUCUCAGUCGUUCCCAUGGACGAUUUCAAGGUAGUCUUGGGUAUGGACUUCAUGAGACAAGUCUCAGCCGUACCCAUGCCUGCGUUGAGCUCGGUAUGCAUUCUCGAGAAGGGAUCACCGUGCAUGAUUCCGGCCUUGGAAGAGAACACCGAUGGAAUGAGGCAACUAUCGGCGAUGCAACUCACCAAGGGAGUGAAGAGGGGUGAACCCACGUUUUUGGCCAUGAUAAAGAUGGAGGAUGAGCCCAAUAACGUGGAGGAUAUCCCUCAAAUCAUCAAAACGGUCCUUGAGGAGAACGAGGACGUUAUACCGGCAAAGUUGCCCGAGAAGCUACCACCGAGGAGGGCGGUGGACCACCAGAUCGAGUUGGAGCCAGGAGCCAAACCACCUUCUAUGGCGCCUUAUAGAAUGGCUCCAUCCGAGCUGGAGGAGUUACGUAAACAACUUGAUGAGUUGUUAUCAACGGGGAAGCUAAGGCCAUCAAAGGCACCUUAUGGGGCCCCAGUCUUGUUCCAAAAGAAGCAUGAUGGCUCAUUGAGGAUGUGCGUGGACUACCGGGCCCUUAACAAGGUAACGAUCAAGAACUGUUAUCCUAUUCCGCUGAUUGCUGACCUAUUCGAUAGACUUGGUGGGGCGAAAGUCUAUACAAAGAUGGACUUGCAGAAGGGUUAUUAUCAAGUCAGGAUAGCGGAAGGGGAUGAGCCGAAGACUGCAUGCAUAACGCGGUAUGGUUCGUUCGAGUGGUUGGUAAUGCCAUUUGGUCUUACAAACGCCCCAGCCACGUUUUGCACCCUGAUGAACCAGAUCCUACAGCCCUACUUGGAUCGGUUCGUGGUGGCAUACUUGGAUGAUAUCGUUAUCUACAUCAACUCGAUGGAGGAGCAUGUGGAGCACUUGCGGACCGUAUUCCGUGUUCUCCGCGAGAAUGAGUUGUUUGUGAAGCGAGAAAAGUGUACCUUUGCCACCGAGGAAGUUCAGUUCCUUGGCCAUGUUAUCGGCCAUGGAAAGCUGAAGAUGGAUGAACCGAAGGUUAAAGCAAUUAAGGAGUGGGAGGCCCCGACCAAGGUAACGGAGUUGCGAUCUUUCCUUGGCCUGGUCAACUACUAUCGUCGGUUCAUUGAGGGAUACUCAAGGAAAGCAGCACCACUGACGAACCUUCUCAAGAAAAGGAAAACAUGGGACUGGUUCGGACCGUGCCAAGAGGCCUUUGAGGAACUAAAGACCGCGGUAAGCCAGGAACUAGUCCUGGGAAGCGGGUCGGAUCCGCCCCGCCCGACCCGGCCCGCAGCGGGUAUGAGUCAAAUUUUUAACAAAAAAAAUUACCCGCAUGACCCGCUGAGAGUUGUACAAGAUAUCCGCACCCGCCCCGCAUUAAUCAAGCGGGUCAAGCGGGUAAACCGCCCAAAUCAAAAAAAAAAAAAUUUUGUCCAAAUCACAAAAAAUGACUGAUAAACAUAUUAAACAUAAUAGAAGUCCUAAGUUUAAACAACAUAUAUGAAUUUAAGUUUCAAUAAACACCAUGCAAUAAUCUUAAGUUCUAAAGAACAACAUACAACACAGAAAAAUAAGUUCUUGUCCAAACUGAAAUCAAACUUAAAAACAAAUUACGUAGAGGUCUUCCUUCUUGUUCUUGCCACGACCUCAAGUUGAUCAGUUGC